AUGCUGCACCUGAACAGUUCGUGCAUAUCGGACAUUGAGCACAUCGAGCGAGUACUGAAGAGGAAGGAUUACGAGGGAAUAAAGACAAGUGCAGAGAUAAAAAGCGUGUUCGAAAAUCUGGGGGAAGCAUUUAAAACGUUUAGUGACUCUCUUAAGAAAAUUCACUCUGAUGGAAAUGCUAUCAUUUCAAGUAUAAAAAAGAGACACAAGGAGGAGGGCGAAUCGGAUCGGGUUUACUUGGCCGACUGCUUUGUCAACGUCGUUACCCUUGUGCACAAUUUGUAUGAAGAAAAUUUGUCCAUCAGUGAAAAGAUAAAGAACGAGAUAGUCCUGGAAUUAGAAAAGGAAGAAGAUGAAAGGGUGCAAGAAAUCAAUUCCAUUUAUAAUGAGGAGGAAGAGGGAUCAACUACACUGAAUGGAAAUCGAGGUGGACAAUCGCACGAGGAUGAAUUCUCUACUGCAGAGAGAUGGGAAUGCCAAACAGGCAGUGCGGGUCCACAUGACCAAGGUGUCCAUGACAAGGGCAUGAUCAUUCAUGACGGAAAGAGAGACGGAUUACAUAAGGAGGACUACACCCAUGACCAAGAAAUCCUUGUAGACGGAAUUCCACUCAGACAAAUAGAAAUAGAUUUGAAAAGGUGUUUGGAAAAUGAGCAUUUCGCAAAAGAGUAUCUUAACAGCGCAAAGUAUAAAAAGCAUUUUGCAGCGCUCGACAAACUUAAUAUCAAGCUGGACAAAGAAAUUCAAGCCUUUAAAGAAAUCCUCGACAAAUUUGGAAAAAACGCUAAUAAGCAUUUAAUUAAUAAAUCUAAAGAAAGAAUAAAUGCUAUUCAAAUUGGGAAGAAAAAAAUUUUCGAAAUUUUGUAUGAUAAUAUAAAAGAGCUCCGACAUAAUAAACGGAGCAUGCGGUGCAGCAUCAAGGACUUGGAACAGUACAUACAGGAUAAUGAAUGCAGAUGGAAAAAGUACCAGGACAAGGAGAGAAAAGGUGCUGGGAGAAGGGAAAGCCAAAAUGGAGAUUUUUCAAAAGAGGAAAAUUCUCCACACAAACUGGACGAACAAAAAAGACAAAAAAAAACAUUCAAAGGAAUCAACCUGGAAAAAUUCGAAAUAAGAGAAAAACACAGAAUUGAAAAAAUAUAUACCAGCUUAAGGGGUUUCAUAAAAAUUCUCGCAGUGGAACAUAUCCACAUGAACAGUGUAUUGCACAAAGGGGCAUGCGAAAUUAGUUCCUACGACUCCCUCAUCGAUUAUCAAAUGUGGUUAAGUCUUGUCCUAAGAAAAAAUGUGGACAUAGCAGACUUGCAACAGAAGAUACCCCAAAAUGACGUACUCACUGAGGAGGAACAAUUUAGGCUAAUGCCACAUCGGGGUCAUUCCCCGGCUGCUGAUAUGCAGCACACGUCCGACAAGAAGAGGAAAACGAACGAGCAGAAUUUUCGGAGCGGGGAAUUGAUUUGCACGGAGAAGAGCUCACCUGGGGGUGAAGCGGAAAGGAAGAAGCAGAAACAUUUGCAACGUGGAACAGAUCGAGCUCCGUCUCCAAGGGAUGGUCAAUUCCCCGAACAGUACUACAUCCCAGUGAUAAUAGAAAGAAGUACUUACAAAUCAGAGGAGGAUACUACGCCUAUUGAGCAAGAAGCGAGAGGGACUAGAAAGACGCGAGAAGUACAAGUGAACACAUACCUGGGUCAGAAAAAAGAUGAAACAUGUUUAAUCGCUAAACAACCCCCAAUGGAGAAAGAUCAAGACAUUUUCUCCUUCCUAACGAACAGACAAAAAGAAUGCGAAAAGUAUAUGUUACAAUUCAACAGAGUAGACAUUUUAUCGACCAUGCUGAGUAGAAGGAGUAAAGAAAAACGAAAAUGGUAUGAUCAACAUUUUUUUCAAAGUUAUUUCUUCGAAGAGGGACAUCCCUUUUACCCAUUUAAAAUACCACCAAGUAUUAACCAUUUUUCUACCUUCGAAAAAUGGUCCUUAACUUCCUCUUCAACAAGGGUGCCCCUAUUUGAUGAGGAGGAACAAAUGAGCGAAUAUGAAUAUCAGCUACUAGCAUACGAAUCGCUCCUCCUAGUGUAUUACUUCCUGUCCACACAACUCAAUGGUUACUUCCUCUUCGACAUGUCUAAGAAGGACAAGCUGAACAAGGAGGUGUAUAAUGAAUUCUACCAACGGUGUUACCCAAUGCUGGAGAUAAUGCAAAGUGGAAAAAAACAAACUGAUACGCAUGUAGAGGCGGCGAAGGAGGAAGGGUACAAAAAAUAUACAACCCCACCAACUACAAACAAACGAAACACACUGAAUGAUCAUUUAAAAUACGUAAACCACAUUUACAAUGUGAAGCUGCAAAAUUUAUUAUUAGUAAAAAGAAUCGCAAGCAUUUUCAGAAUAAAGCUGCAACUAAAUUCUAAAUCUAACGAUUUGAUCACCCUGCUUACUAUCCCUUCACACGACACAAAUUGGGGCCAUACCUACUCCUUCCACGUGUUAGAUGUUCGCUUCAGAAUUAUUCGAAUAAUGGACAGCCUGAACUUCAAUCAUGUAUUUCACACAGAUGUAGAAAACAAGAGAAAAAAAGCGGACCCCACAGGAGAGGCACACGCUAACGAGGAAAGUAGAAUCUACACAUCAUGGCUCAGAAGACAGCUGCAACUUCUCCACAUUUCCGUGUAUUGUAAAUUUUAUACAUUUGUGAAGUUCGUUCCAUUUUUUGAUUCGCACUCCGACUGUUACUUAAAAGACGCACUAGAUCAAUUCGAAAAUGAUGAGGAAUAUUUUAGCUACCUGGGUAGAGGGUCAGGGGACAACCCCUUCGUCUCUUACCUGCGGAAUGUGCAAAAGAGGAUAAAGCAGCUUCACUGGUUUGUGUUACACCAAAGGGGGGUUGCUCACCACCAUGGGGAGACAAAAAAAGGGCUAACCCCACAGCACCCGAAGGAGGGGGAAACGGGUGAGAAAAGCACCGAUGAAAACACAAAUGACAACCCGAACUUCAUCACCUUCAAAUCCCUACGAAGGGACGAGCAAAUCAUCUUUCUGUGCAACCUCCUUCUAAAAAAUUUGAUUAAAUCCUUUCGCUUAAUUUAUUUCCUCAAGUCACUUGUGAAGGAGAACAAGUGGAACACCGGGGUCUGCGAUGAGAAAAGGAAACUGGCCAACCUGAUUAAGUAUUUCACCAAAAUAGAGUAUUACGAUUAUGAGGUGAGGAAAAUUGCCAUAUGCCACUAUGUGAGGGGUAACGUCUAUCCCUACCAGGAAAAACUACAGAGAAAGCAUUCGAGAAACGAAUCUGAAGGAGAGCCCACAGGGGGUGUGUGCUCUCCCAUGUAUGAUGAUCAAAAUGUAGACCACGAUGAGUUAUAUAAAAAUAUUUUCAUGAAGGAGUUAUCCAUGUGGAUUCCCACGGGGCAAAGUCGUUCCAUCCGCAGCACUCGCUCCGUUCACACCACAACCCCAGCCAACGAAACACGACUAACACCGAGAGAAGAAAAAAUAAGAAGAAAAAUAUUUUACAAACUAAAUGUCGAAACGAUUCUCUGUUCCAGCUGGUUCAUUGACAGAUCUCUCCUUCACUUCUUCUUGUAUUAUUACAUUUCCUGCGUGAUUGGUACCAGCGAAAAGACCAAUAUGUAUGCAGACAUGCCGUACCUCAUGCAGGGGAUCAUGCUGGUAGUUUAUUACCUGCAAGCAGGCAACGAUUUAGCACUAAAGGGGAAGACAAAGGGAUUCAAUGACGGAGUAGAACCAACACCCAUUCCCAUAUCUACCUUCAUCUUGUACCUGGGGAUUCAUUUGUUCUAUUCCUUUUUCGACAAAAAUGUCUUAACCGUAUGUCCAAAUGAAGAAAAUGGAAAAGUGAAACUUUUCUUGAGGACCCACUCAGGAACGCUUAAUGAGGAGAAUGAUUCGAAAUGGGAUCAGAUGGAGAAAUACUACUUGCCUUCAAUGAGCCCUGCUCCAAGGAAGAGCCAAAUUAUUAACGUACAAAAUGCUAGCCAAUUUUGCUUUCUUGUAAAGCAUUUCGAAUCCAUUUUGUCCUACAGAACUGUUAACGAAAUGGAUAUGAGAAAUGGAGAAAAGGAAACGCUACAUAAAAACGCAGAUGCAGAUCUGGAGGAAGCCAUGGAGGUUUUGUACGGGGAUGAUUCCUGCAGCCACGAGGAUAAACAGGAACCAAAUCAAAGGGCCCAAUUUUCUAAAAAAAAACACCCCUUCUGUGCAAACGUUCCGAACAACCAUCACGCGUUAGAAAAUGCAAAUUCCACGGAAAAUCUGUUGCAGAAAAGAAAGGAGGAAAAGAAACGCCAAAAUGAAUUGAUCUACCUGAAGCGCUACUGCAAUAUUCUGCUCCACUUCAAUUAUAACCAUGUGGAAAAUUUAAUCAGCCCAUACAUUCCUAACGUCUUCUCUCUAUAUGGACAGGACGAAUUGUACUCGAAGGAUCAUUUUUGUUUUGAGUGGUGUGUGAAGAAUGAUGGUUGCGUCAAGGUGCACGCCGGGGGGGAGGAAGCCACGAAGCAUGUCCGUUUGGACGCAUCACGCGGGGGGGAAGAAACUACUAAGCAAGUCCGUUUUGACGCAGCCGAGGAGGGGGAAUGCAAAAGAGAGGAUUCGCUUCAGGCAGAAGGUACAGGUGAUCACCCAAAUGCAGACAACACCAGGAAGACCUCCACAACCGCCGUGCAUGACAAACAAAACAGUCUGAUGAGAACCAACGCAGAGGUUGAAAAGGGCCACAAGUUCGACGCUUCUACCAAUAAUACUCUCGUUAUAAGAUAUAGAACCCACAAAAAGACACAUGCUAAUUUCUCCCUCAUAAAUCUUUCUAGAGUUGAAAAAGUAAUGACGGACAUCCUUCUGAUGAGAAUGAUCAGUUGUGACUUUAGGGACCACUUCAUUCUCCUUCUUUGCAAUUACAGAAAGUAUAUUGACAUGUAUUCUCUUCCAUAUGUGUUAGACGUAUUUGUGAUGCUGCAGAAAUUCUUCACCAUUAAUGAUAAUAGUUUUGAGGAAAAAUCAAAUCGGCUCAAAUAUCGUCACGGGGUACACACUAACCGUAUGCACCAUUCCCGUCGCAGACCAAAUCAACAGUGCGGUAAAACUCUCUUUGACCGUUUUUGCAACGUUCUUGUGGAGGACUUGAACGAUAAAGAUUUGCAUUGUAGUAGGAGAAGCCAUGGCAGUUGUCACAUUUUUACCCCCGACGAGGUGAUAAAAGGGAACAGAACAAAACACACUCAUCUCACGCAUGGCAUAAUAAGCUCCGAGCACCAACUUUCCAGCUUCUUCAAAUUUUUCAUCUUCAACACGGUCAAAAAUAUUUUCUUCAAUAUUGUGUGUAGUGUCAAGGAGGAUAUAGAAGCGAGCGAGUUGCUACAAAAAGGCGAAAAUGGUCACUCGCAAAGUGGCCCAGAGUUGCAUCAAACGAGUGGGGGGGUGGCGGCUGGUGCACUUCCUCCCGCGGAGAGGCACUCCCCAGAAGAAGAGAAGGAACAAGAAGUAGACCAAGACAAGGAAGAGGAAGACGGCGCGAGUAGAAGCGAAAGUGGAAGCGAUGAUCAUCCCGGCAGUGAUGCUGAUCUCCCCCUAAAUUUUAUCGCCCCCCUGACCAAACACUACGUAGACAUAAUCAACAAGUACAUCAACGAAGUCGUCGCGGAAAUUAUAUUCUUUUCGAACAUAUGGAAACAGUAUCUCUCGCCCGAGGACCACCCGCUCAUGGUCCUAUUUUCAACAAACAGAACGCUGUACUACGAGGUUACAAAGUUCAUACGAAUAAAUAAGAACCAUAAGGACGUUCUAUUUAGUCAGGCUCUAUCCAUCAUCGUGUCCUUGUACAAUUUCAAUUUGGUAAUUAAGGAAAUCGUGUUACAAACCAACAUGUACGAGAAGUACCAGUGCCUGGUGAAUGAGAAGCCCCUUGCAGAUCGCGUCUCCCAGGGGGUGAAGAGACCGUCCACGGGGACAACUCCCACCGUGUCGGACAAUCUACCCAUGGGGGACAGCCCAAGUGGCGAUGCUACUCCCGUCGCGGAAGAGGCAAACCGUGCCAGAUCCCCGCGUAGGAAAAUGCAGAACAAAAUUGCGCAGUACUACGAAACGAGGAACUCCAUGAGGGGGAGCUGCGUGGAGGGGCAAACGCGGCAGCAAAAGAAGACACGGGACGAGAAGGACGAGCAGACGCUGAGGGAGGACGCGCACAACCGCUUCAUCAACCUCUCGCUCAUCAUCUCAAACGCAAGCGACCCCUGCAUGGUGAAGCUCAUGUUUAAGUUAGAAAAACUAUUUAUUCAAAUUAUGGACCAAAAGUUAGAGCAUAACAAAAAUUUGCUAUCCGUAUGUUUAAAAAAUGAAGAAUUAAUACCUCUGAAUAGCCCAGACAUUAUGUACAACGCUACAUCAGUAGAUAUUUUUUCCAUCAUAUGGAGAAUUUUGGAUGUACUCUUUGAAUACAAGUGCCCAGUGGAAUGGAUCAUCACACCCUUUGUGCAAUUUCUAAAUACCUUUAUAAAUGAUUAUUGUGAAAAUUAUAAAAAAAAAUACACCUCGUUUAUUAUAUCCCUCAUGAAUCAAUAUGCAGAUAAGUACUUCCAGGAGUUGCUCAACCUGACGGAGCAGCAAAAAAUUCAGUGGGAUAAAUUCUCUAGCAGCAAUAUAAUAAAAAGGAGAAAUAAAAAAGAAGGAAGUAAAGCAGAAGAUGAACCAGGAGGAAGUAUUUUUAAACACAAUCAGUUAGACAUCCUGGAUCAUGAAGAGGAAGAAGAACAAGAUGAUUUCGUCUUGUAUAAUGAAAAUAUUCAAAACGAAUACAACGAUAUGAAUGAAGUUACAGAACGUAUUAAACAUAGAAAAAACAAAUGGAAAAAAAAUGUCCUUUAUAAAUUGUUUGACUACGACGACAUAGAUGUUAAUGCGAUAAAAAAUAAAGUAGGAGAAUUUCUUGAAGAUAUUAAUGACUUAUCUGUGAAGGUCUCCCCUUUUCAGAGCAGCAGUCCAUCGAAGGAAGCAAAAGGGGAGCCUGCCGAUGCAGCGGUAGAAGAAGAAGCAGGGCUAAGUGGCACCCACCAGUUGAGUCCAUCCAAUCAAGCAAAUUGCGAACCACCCCGAGAGGAAAAAAAACCAGGAGCCUACAUGAGUGAUGAUCUUGUAAACAUAAUAGACGAAAUUAACCACCUCUUUAACAACUCCGAUAUGUCGAGCUCCGUGGUCAUCACGUGGAAUCUGUUCUUCUUCCAAGAGCAAGUAGCCCUCAUUAGAAACAAAUUUGAAAAAUAUAUCCUCGACUAUAUAGCUACGAGGACACAAAACCUAGACAAACUAAGUCAUAUAUUUAACAAUUACCUCACCUUCAAUAUAACACUUCCUAUGUUAAAAAAAAAUAUGUACACCAAAACCAUUCUAGACAUACUCAACACAUCCAUAAGUAAUAUAAGAGACACAUUAAAAAAUACAAUCUACUACAUUUUCAAAGUGUUAUCAUUCCGCAUUGUAUGUUAUGAAUUCCAGCGAGAAAUUUUUUUUAAUCUUUAUGAACACCCAUUUGACACAAACAAUGUACAGUCCAUCGUGGAUAUGUUCCCUAACACAGUAGAAAAAUUUAUUCUUCAAAUUCCAGAAUCAUUUCGCAAAAGCAUUCUCACAGUCUUCAUCGAACUGUUUAUUAAAAUGUGGAUCCUUGUUGUUGUAGAGAAGGGAUUUUCAAGCUACCUUUUUAGCGACAACGACAUACACUUGAUGAAGCGGGACAACCAAUGCAUAAGAAAGUACAUGCAACAGAAAGGCAUACACCUGAGCCAUUGGUUCCUCACCAAAAAGUAUGAUCUCACGGAAUAUAUUGAUACCUUUUUCGAUUUGCUCUAUGGGGACCGCCACCUGUUUUUGAAUAUUAUCUCGGAGCAGAAGGAGCGCAAAUCCAUGAAUAUCAUGUCUUCGGCCUACAACAAGGGGAUGGCAAUAAUAACUGGAAUAAACCAGCACAUCCAGGAGAACCUCUAG